AUGUCUAAGCGAGGCGGUUGUUUCGCCUGGUCCACCAGUAAGAAGAUACUUAUCUUCGGUGGUAUCACUUUUAUUAUUGUUGCACUCGGUGUCGGACUUGGAGCUGGUCUGGGUGUUGGCCUAAAUCACGGCAACGAUGACGAUGACAGUGGCAGCGGCAGCAGUGGGAACGGCACCGACACUGGAAACGGAACUACCAGUACAAACACAACUGUUAAAUGGCAACCGGCUGCUGGAGUGAAAUGGCAGAUUGAGCUGCUCUACCCUCUGAAUGACACAUCAGUCGAUGCGCACGUCUACGACAUCGACCUGUUCGAUAACCCCAAGUCUAUGAUCUCUGAACUGCAAACACUCGGCCGCAAAGUAAUCUGCUAUUUCUCUGCUGGAACCUACGAACAAUGGCGCGAGGAUGCUGGAAAUUUCAGCAAGUCCGACUUGGGCGAUAACCUCGAUGACUGGCCAGGCGAGAAGUGGCUCAACACCAAUUCGGCAAAUGUUCGCAAAAUCAUGCAAACACGCCUUGAUCUGGCUGUCACCAAGGGUUGCGACGGCGUUGAUCCUGACAAUAUCGAUGGCUAUGACAACACAAAUGGCUUGAAAUUGACUGAAGAUGAUGCUAUCAACUAUGUCAACUGGCUCGCUGGUCAGGCGCAUAGCCGUGGUCUCUCUGUUGGACUUAAAAACGGUGGAGACAUCAUCGAUUCUGUCAUUGAUAACAUGCAAUGGUCUGUCAACGAACAGUGCGCCGAAUAUAAUGAGUGCGACACUUAUGCUGCCUUUACUGACGCUGGAAAACCCGUGUUCCACAUUGAGUACCCCAAGGGUGACAGCACCAACAACGAUGAUUCCGUCACGACGAGUGAAAAGAACUCCGCCUGCAAUGCUGCCAGCUCAACUGAUUUUUCCACUGUGAUCAAGAACAUGGACCUUGAUGUCUGGGUGGAAUACUGUUAA